AUGGGGCAGUUAUACAAACUUGCGCUGUUCGUUUUGGUUCUGGUGGCAGUGCUACACAAUUCAUCAGGAGGAAAGACAGGGAGUAAGAGCAUCCCUGCCAAGAAGCCAUCCUAUAAGCCAUCACAGGGGACCAAGUCCCAAACCAAAUCUCCCAGUCAACCCUCCAAUCCUGGAUCUCCCAAACAAAAUCCUGGAGCAGGUGGCUACCCAAAUCCAGGAAGAUAUCCCAAUCAGAAUCCUUCAGGAGGGGGUUACUCUAACCAAUAUCCAGGUAAAAGUGGGUACAGCCCUGGUGGGUAUCCAGGAGGAUCUUACCCAGUAAGAUCUGAAGGACAGCCUGGAGGAUACCCAGAAGGACACCCUUCCAUUGGAGGGGGAUAUACCAACUGGAACCCCAAAAACAAGAUCCUCAGUCCACGCUAUGGAGGCUCUUUUGGAGGAGGCGGGUUUGGAACAGGUGGCUCCCCUUUCUCCAAUACAGUAAAAAGCAUGGGCUACAGUCCAUCUGAAAAUUCCAAAGGUUUUGCAAAAAAGGCAAUGCUAGCUGCAGGCAUUGGGGCAGUGGCAGGAGUAGCAGUAGGCUAUGGAGUCGGGAACUUUCCACGGCCAAAGGUCCCAUUCAGGAGCCCUCAGGAGGAACGUCAAUACAACCAUUAUACGUAUGCACGUCAAGCCACUCCAUCUAAAGACAAAAAUAACAAGGGAGAACCCAAGUACACAUCAAAGCAACCAUACCAGGCUCAGUCAUAUGAACAAUACAUGAGCACAUGUAUGAAGCGAAAGGAUCUUCUAAAAGAGCAGGACACGACAGAUUCUGGAGAUCGCAGAAAUAUUCAAAGGGAUGAGCCACUGACUGAUAUUGCAGCUGCGAACAACACCGCAUCCCCAAUGUCUGUCAAUGAUUAUCCAAAGGCCGCUGUAGUUCGUGAGGAUGAUAAUGAUACAGUGAGUAUCAUGCAGAUUGGUUAUCCAGAUCUCAUUGAGCAGAUGAAAACUCGAAAGUGUGUUGAGCUGUACCUGGUUUACUCCGAGAGCUUCCCCGAGAAGCAGAAAGAAGAUAAAAGGGAGACAAAGGAAAGACCUUUCAAUAACCACAAUGGACACCAGGUCUCUGGAGUGCUUCUGUUGCUCACUACUUCCUGUAUGAUGCAUCUAAGUGUCACUUAG